AUGGGACAAAAGGAAAGCAAAGGUGAGAAUCCGCUAAAGGGCAUUGUAGGUCUCCAAGUGGCGCGGGUGCUGCCGCACAGCCCCGCCCACGCUGCGGGCUUACUUCCAUUUUUUGAUAUUAUCACUGAAGUUAACCAGACGGUUCUCAUGGACGCUGAGAACGCAACUGAGCAGUUUAAAUCGUACGUGAUGGAGCGAGAGAGCCAGCAACUGUGCUUCAAGGUGUACAAUCUGCGCAUCCGCGCCUAUCGAGAUGUCUUCUGUGUGCCCAGCAGGUCGUGGGGCGGCGGCGGCAUGCUUGGCUGCAGUAUCGAGUGGUGCCGUGCGGAUCAGUGUGUGGAGCGUAGUUGGCAUAUCGUCGACAUCGUCCCCGGCGGCCCGGUUGGCCGCUGUCCGGAAAUACAGGCGGAGCGUGACUACAUCAUCGGGAUGCAGCGGGCAGAGGAGCCUGUUGUCACGCUCAUCCGGGAUGAGGACGACUUCUAUGCCAGGGUGGACAUGUGGCGCAGCCUCCAGCGUGUGGCGCUCCAGCGACUGCAGCGCAGAUCAAGGGUGGUCCCCGCCAGCGCCAACGCUGGCACCACAGGGCUUGAGAUGAUCGGCAAGUUGAUAUUCCUUAUCUACGACGCUGUCGCCAACGAGAUCAAAGAAGUUGCGGUGGAUUUGGGGCCCGACGUGGAUGCCCCACUGGGGAUGAAUCUAGCAACCGGCCUUCUGCACUCACUGCUCGUCAGCCCUCCCUCUGCCGAGGGUGGGGCGGACGACGACGGUGGAGGCAGAAGCGAGGGCGGGAACAGUGGUCUGCCGGUCCUGACGGCCUUCGUAGCUGCUUCAGGGACGAUAGAAAAGGCGGAGCAAGGCAUGCCGAUGCCG